AUGGCGAUGGUAGUCUCUGCAAAAGACAGUCGCAAGUGGCACGAUGCACAUGCUACUUUUUACGGCGACAUGGAAGGAGGAGAAACCAUGCAGGGAGCUUGCGGGUAUGGAGAUCUGUUCCAACAAGGAUACGGGCUAGCUACAACGGCAUUGAGCACAGCCCUUUUCAAUGAUGGACUGAGUUGUGGUGCCUGUUUCGAGAUUGUGUGUGUCCACGACCCACAAUGGUGCAUUCCAGGGGCUGGUUCCAUUGUAGUCACGGCGACCAACUUUUGCCCGCCAAACUACUCCAAGCCAAGCGGUAAUUGGUGCAAUCCUCCACUGAAGCAUUUUGAUCUUUCCAUGCCCAUGUUCACGAAACUUGCGGCCUACAAGGCCGGGAUCAUCCCCGUCCGCUAUCGCCGAGUCUUGUGUGCCAAGAAAGGAGGUGUCAAGUUUGAGAUCAAGGGAAAUCGUUACUGGACCCUUGUGCAAAUAUAUAAUGUUGGAGGCGCUGGCGAUGUUAUUGCCGUAAAGAUCAAGGGCUCCGGAAAGAGAUGGCUAGCGAUGUCUCGCAAUUGGGGCCAGAAUUGGCAAACUGGAACUGUUCUGACUGGACAAAGUUUGUCAUUUCAAGUGACUACAAGUGAUGGCAAGAUGGUCCAAUUUGACAACGUGACACCUACUUCUUGGAACUUUGGCCAAGUGUAUGAUGGCAUCAAGUACUUCUAG